UACUGUCGUAGUUGUUGUUACCGUUGGCUUACAGGCGAGUCAGAAAAUCAAUUAAGUUAUGAAAAAUACCAUUAAUUGCCUUUCUUUGUCACCGCAGCCCAUGAAGACAUGGCGGAUCUACAGAUGUCGGGUGUUUGAGGAAAUAUUCUUCUCGUCUAAUGAACAAUUUACCGCAGAUAAAAACCUUUCCCCUCGACUGGAAUAUUUACGGUAUCUAGUGGAUUCUGAAGAUGGUGUAGCUGCUGACGCUCCUGGAAACCUUCCCUUAGACACAGACUUCCUUCUAGAACAAGACCUUGUGUUUGGUGAUGCAGAUCACGACAGAAUUCUAGGCUUGGAAAAGUUUGCAGAAGUAGCUGCUGAGAUCGGUUUCUCCGUGUGUCCUCUGGGUGAUGAGGAGAGCUCUUCCUACAACCAGCUCAGUAUGGAAAGUGAAACGGACAACUCGCGCAGCACAGCCGACAACAGGAGGGAAUGCCAGAGCCGAGGGACUCAAUCCGAGCCAAUGUUUCCUCCUUACCUGUCCUGUAGGGGCUGCGGACAGCUCCGCGACGAACCUCUCGGCCCGGGCAUGGACCUGGUUGGGCCUUACUGCCUUAGGUGUUGCAAAGCCUCCAGGGAGGCGAAAAGCUCAGACUUCUGCUCUCCUUUCGGGAGCGGCGGCGGGAUUCGCUCCGGUUUGCAGAUUCGUGCGAAUUCCCAGCCUGAUUGCGAGGGCUUGGGGAACAGGGUGGGUGACGAGGAAGAACUGUCCGCCGAGGACAGACAGCUCAAGCAGUACUCGUGCGACCGCUGUGGCUUCUCCUCUCGCUAUGCCAACCACGUGAAGCGCCACAUGAAGACGCACAACGGGGAGAAGCCCUUCAACUGCCCUCUGUGCACUUACGCCUCAGCCCAGCUGGUGAACCUGCAGAGACACUUGCGCAUCCACACUGGGGAAAAACCCUACAAAUGUGAGAUGUGCGCUUUCGCCUGCAGUUCCCUUGGAAACCUCAAGAGGCACCAGCGCAUGCAUGUUCCUAAUUUGCCCCAGAUGCACUCUGCAGGGGUGGGACAGGACGCCCCACCUCAACCUGUGUGUGGCCACAACAGCCUGAAGAGACCUGGGAGUGAGCAAAGACCCAAUGAGGAAGUGUCUGGUGCUUCAGUCUCUGAGGUUGCAAGGCCAACCUCUAACCUGAGUUUGGGGGCCCAGAACAGUGACUACCUGUCGGUCUUUGAUAACUUGAAGGGAGCAGUUCCUCCCCCCAUCCCUGCCUCCAACCCAGCUCCUGGCCACCAGCCUCCCUCUCUGAUGGAGAUGACCGGCAGCGGUAGCAGCAGGACUACUCGAGGGGCCGUGGCGGAAGGCGCAGCGCUCCCGACUCCACUUUUCCCUUUUACCUGCCGGCUAUGCGGGAUCGUCCUGGAGGACGAGGACGGCACCUCAGCCCAGAUUUGUGCCAAGUGUACCCUUGAAAUGCUGACCAAGGACUCCUCGUCGUCUCCGAACAGCCCCGGUGAGCGCAGUGACAAGGUCUACACCUGCGCCGCCUGCCCCUUCCUCACCCACUACCCCAACCACUUGGCGCGCCACAUGAAGACUCACAGCGGCGAGAAGCCGUACAAGUGCCCCCAGUGCGACUACGCCUCGGCGCACUUCGACAACCUCAAGCGCCACCACAGGGUGCACACGGGAGAAAAGCCCUACAAGUGCCAUCUGUGCGACUACGCCUGUGGGAACCUGGCCAACCUCAAGCGGCACCAGCGCGUCCACUCGGGCGCCAAGCCCUUCCAGUGCCCCAUGUGCAGCUACAGCUGCAACCAGAGCAUGAACCUGAAGCGGCACAUGCUGCGGCACACCGGCGAGAAGCCGUACAAGUGUCAGGAGUGUGGCUACACCACCGGCCACUGGGACAACUACAAAAGACACCAGAAAAAACACGGCGUGGCCACUGACGGCUGGGUGAAAGUUCCCAUGAUCGGCACCGACGUGGAGGAGGACAGGAGGAAAGUGAUGGGAGGCGGCAUUCAGACUCACAGAAAAGAAGUCGGAGCCGAUAUGCAGUACAUGCCGCGGGAGGCGGGGGCUGGCUGUACACUCAAGCUGCAAACUUAAGGUUGCAUAAUUCCUAACGCAGCAAAACUAAGCUACCAGCAACUUGUUUUGAUUGUUUCCACUGAGCCUUUUUAUGGUUUUAACGUGCGUCUAUCUCUCAGAGUCGCGUCGGAUUUCUUCCAUGGCUGCUAAUUGUUCAGUAAGUGGAAUCUGGCAGAGAUAGGAAUUCGUUUUUUAAAAUUUUUUUGAUGCCUUUUUGGUUUGAGUGUUUAUUUUCUACACUGUUUUUUUUUUUCUUUCGUGUCAGGGUAGAAAAGGGAACUCUGUGGAAGUCCUCUGUCUCACUGUGUAAUCAGAUACGGAUAUUUCACCCUCACGCUACACGCAUGUUGUCAUUUGAACGAUGACACGAUAAAAUAUUGCCUUCUUUGUGGGACUCCUUCCCUUUAUCUGCUCGAGCUGCCCUGACAAGUCAUUAAAACAUUUUUAAUGCACAAGUUAGUUAUUUUUGGUUCAUUUUAAACGCAAAUGAAAUCAAAUUGGUACUGAGUCAGUUUGGUUCUUUCCUUCUAAAUGACAUUUUUACUCUCAAGUGUGACAAUUUUGUACUGACUCAGAACCGGACAAUGCGGCUUUUAAGCAGAUGGGUUCUGGAGACGACUUUAUUGUGCUUUUUCUUUUGUUUUUUUUGUGUUUUUUUUGUUUUACUCAAGUUCAAUCUCCGUUGGUGAUAUGCCUUCAAAUUGCCGUAUGUAAUGCUAUCAAAGUGCUAUUUAAUAGUACAGAUAUUGUGUUUGUCUUUAUGAAUGUGCCAGUAAUUUAAACAAUGCUGCCCUCACUCAAAUAGGCUACUUUUAUUUACUUCAUUUUUUUUUCUUCUUUCUGCCAAAAUCUCCUAUGCUUCGUCUGUAAAAGGAAAGAAAUGUGUUAAGACUUAAUUUAGCACCAUAAAUGCAUGUGGAGCAUGUUGAUGGGGCGUCUUCGGCUUCCAGUCAUUGGUCUAAAUCUUCUACGAACAAUUUUUAUCCCGUGCUUAUUGAAGCUCAAUAAUUCUGACAUCUAUAGAGCUCCGUGUUCCUCUGAGUAUAAGUAGAUUAGCUCUCGAAUAAAUAAAGUUAGACUUGCUGUUCUGUUACUUUAGGUGCGCACAUUUCAGAUUCCAGCCUUUAGGAUUGUUGUAACAGGGCAUUUCCUCCUAUAUAUAUAUAAAUAUAUAAAACAAAAAAAACUUUAUCGCUCGGUGUCGUUUAUAUCGAUUUUUUUUUUUGUUACUGCUGAUGAAAAAGUGCCAACUUGAAACAAAAUUAAAGCAAUAAAUUAAAGACUUAAAACGUGUAUAGCUAAUUGUGGAAUCGAUCAGAGUUUGUUCACACAAUACUCGGCGUACUUCUUUCAUUCAUUUCAGACGCUUUCCGUUUUUGCUUUAAAUCGUCCACACGCUGCUUUCUGGUAUUGUAUUCUCCUGCUCUUCCUUUCGUGCUCACUUGCAGUCACUUUCGACGGUAUAGUUUCGGCGCUCCGCACCGUUUAGAUUUUACUCAUUGUUUGCAGAGCUCAGCGGUGAAACCGGGUCAUUAGCAUCGACACGGAGCCAAUAAGCAGAAAAAAGACAGACUACAGUUGUGCUGCAGGCAAUAAUUGAUCUCACAUCCAGAUUGAUAUGUUCUUAUUUUAUCCAAUGGUUUCCCUGUGAAAUAGUUCAUUAUCUUCGAGAAAGCAUGCUAACCAGAUCACCAAGCCGCCUCAACCGGCUCCAUAGAGACCACUUAGAGAUAUCUAUGUGGUGGAGCCUACCAAAAAGUAAAAAAAUAUAAAUAAAAUAAAAAAAUCCAGAGAAGGGGAGACAACCACUAGCAUAUAUAUAACCGAUAAAAAGCACAGUGUAUUGCCAGGUGAAGCAUUGAUUUAAAUACUUUACAUGCAGCCUAGAGAUUAGUUUUAUUUGCAAUAUUUCAGGUUCAUUUCUUCUCCUAACAUAUCAGUAAUUUUUUUACAGCUUAGCAACACACGUCAUUGACCGACAGUCUUUCAACGGAAGACCUCUGCUUUAAUUUGCUAUUUACUGUGAGAUUUCUAUUUUCUUUCAACCUGAAAAGAGAUUAAUCAAAUAGAAAGCAUGUGAACACGUGAUAGUUUUAUUUCUCCAAUGUGGCUGUAAUGCACAUCUCAGACGUGCAUUUUCUUUUUUUUUUUUUCUUUGACUGUGCCGUGUCAUUUAGCUGCCAUGUUUGGAAAAUAAGAACUGUGAUUUAAUGUUAAGUGUUUGUGAAUGACUAUUUUAUGCAAGGGAGACAUUUUCCAGGUUGCAAAGCCGACAUGUCACAAUGAGCCCACAAAUUUAUAUUUCCCGCAGGUGGGCCGUUUCUGUUUUUACGACGUCAUUAAUGCCUUAAAUGAGGAGUUUGAAAUAAAUACCUGGAAUACGCAUCGUUGGAUGUAAAACAUCGAGCUAAUUGUCUGUUUUGUUGUCUUUGUUUUGCAUGAAGCGUAGCAUUUGCUCACACAAUCGAAUGUGUCUGUUUUGCUCAUCACAACUAUAACUUGUUUCAGCUUUUAUGGGCUAAAUAAUCUCAAUAAUACAAUCUGCAUGUCUGAAGAGACACAUCUGAGGCAAGGGGUAUAUUUUAUUUUCAAAAUAAAAAUUCUAAUGUUGAAAACUCUA